GGCUGUUGUUCAGAUGUUCAGGCUGCCAUUGCAGUGCAGCAGGGUUGGUCCUCUGGAUGUGCUUCUGUAGAUAACGGUUUCUGAAGCCAAGAGAAUCUUAAUUUCUUCUCUGAGGAACUGGGACGCGCCUGUUACUGGAAUGAUGCUCUGGUUCCUGGAGGGGGAGCUCCUGUCAAUGGGAAUGUGGUCUGUGGGACUGGGGGCACUGGGUGCUGCCGUUGCUGGGAUCCUACUGGCGAACACUGACCUGCUGCUAACCAAGCCAGCCCAGGCCAGCCUGGAUUACCUGGAAGACACCGACCUCAAAACACUGGGGGAAGAUGAGGUGACCUUUAAAGCUAAAACGCUGUGGGACAGGACAGGAGCUGUGAUCAUGGCUGUCCGCCGGCCUGGAUGAUUUUUGUGCAGAGAGGAGGCUGCAGAGCUGUCCUCUCUGAAGCCCCAGCUGGAGGAGCUCGGGGUCCCCCUGUACGCUGUCGUCAAGGAGAACCUCGGCAGCGAGAUCAGGGACUUCAGGCCUCACUUCAAGGGGGAGAUCUUCCUGGAUGAGAAGCGGCGGUUCUAUGGCCCGCAGCAGCGCCGGAUGGGCCUGACCGGGCUCAUUCGGCUGGGCGUGUUGCACAGCUUCCUCAGAGCCUGGAAGAAGGGCUUCGUAGGAAACGUGGCCGGAGAAGGCUUUGUUCUUGGAGGAGUCUUCGUCAUUGGAGCUGGGAAGCAGGGCAUCCUGCUGGAGCACCGUGAGAAGGAGUUUGGGGAUAAAGUUAACAUCACGUCUGUGCUUGAGGCUGCCAAGAAUGUCCAAGCCCAGAAAUAGGUGCAUAGGAAGAAACUUGUGCACUCGCUAUGAAAUAGGUUUGCCGCGUGCUCAAGCUAGAGUUUUAGCUGACACAUUCAUUAAAAAAUGGGGGAGUUACAAAUUCUGCACGGAAGUUGAAGUUGCACAAUUAAAUGUUAUAAGUAAUUCUGUUUGUUGCAGUUGUAGGGUGAACAGUCAUGUAGGAAAUGGAAUAGUCUGGCUCUGCAGUAUUAAAUACUAAUACUUGUGUCUGUCCUUCUCCAUUUAGUGUUAUAUCCUGCUUUUUUCAGAAUGCUAUAACAUGUGCCUGUUUGGCGAGUUACAUUUUUGGUCUUCGUUUGAGUUCUGCUUUGAAUAAACAGAUGACCACAGUGAAGCAGGACCCUGAGGACAAUAGAUUUUAGAGCCGAUAAUCUUUACUGCGGGGCUAAAAAACACAAAUAGGUGCAAAUUCAGUCUAUGCAGAUUUUGUUUUUCUUUCAUUAGGUGCACUGUACAAGUUUAAUGCUUCAGACUUAAAUUGGUUUGAGAUGCAUAUACAGUGUUCUUUCUCAGAGAGGGUGGUGGUUGUCCAUGCUGUUCGAUCUGAGCACCAGUGUGCAGUGUUCUCGCUGGAAGCUGAUGCUCUGCUCCAGACUGCGCGAUGGGUAGGGUUCCCCAGGCUGGUCCAGCCAGGUUGGCGCUGUGGUUAUGGCAAUGUGUUCAUGAUAGCCUGCUUAUAAACUCCACUGAGGGAGCAGGCUUGAUGCCUACAGUACCUGACUAACAGGCCACAGCAGGGCAGCCCACCUGGGGGCCUGCCAAUGUAGAUCCUUUAAUAAUAAAACAAAACCUGAUUCAAGCAUUCA